CAGGGUCUGAGACGCCCACUUCGUUGCCUCCCUGCCGGGCCACCGAGGCGAGAACAAACCGGCUGUGCGCGAAGGCCAGUCGCCACCGCUGAGUGGAAACAAAAUGUCAGUCAGCGUGCAUGAGAACCGCAAGUCCAGGGCCAGCACUGGCUCCAUUAACAUCUAUCUGUUUCACAAGUCCUCCUAUGCAGACAGCGUUCUCACGCACUUGAACCUUCUACGCCAGCAGCGCCUCUUCACCGAUGUCCUUCUCCACGCUGGAAACCGGACCUUCCCCUGCCACCGAGCCGUACUGGCUGCGUGCAGCCGCUACUUUGAAGCCAUGUUCAGUGGCGGCCUGAAGGAGAGCCAGGACAACGAAGUCAACUUUGACAACUCCAUCCACCCAGAAGUCUUGGAGCUGCUGCUUGACUAUGCAUACUCCUCCCGGGUCAUCAUCAAUGAAGAAAAUGCAGAAUCGCUCCUGGAAGCGGGUGACAUGCUGGAGUUUCAAGACAUACGGGAUGCGUGUGCAGAGUUCCUGGAAAAGAACCUGCAUCCCACCAACUGCCUGGGCAUGCUGCUGCUGUCCGACGCACACCAGUGCACCAAGCUGUACGAACUCUCCUGGAGGAUGUGUCUCAGUAACUUUCAAACCAUUAGGAAAAACGAAGAUUUCCUCCAGCUGCCCCAGGACAUGGUGGUGCAGCUCUUGUCCAGCGAAGAGCUGGAGACGGAAGAUGAAAGGCUUGUGUAUGAGUCUGCAAUUAACUGGAUCAGCUAUGACCUGAAGAAGCGCUACUGCUACCUCCCAGAACUGUUGCAGACAGUGAGGCUGGCUCUCCUGCCUGCCAUCUAUCUCAUGGAGAAUGUGGCCAUGGAGGAACUCAUCACCAAGCAGAGAAAGAGCAAGGAGAUUGUGGAAGAGGCCAUCAGGUGCAAAUUGAAAAUCUUGCAGAAUGACGGGGUGGUAACCAGCCUAUGUGCUCGACCUCGGAAAACCGGCCAUGCCCUCUUCCUGCUGGGUGGACAGACUUUCAUGUGUGACAAACUGUAUCUGGUAGACCAGAAGGCCAAAGAAAUCAUCCCCAAGGCUGACAUCCCCAGCCCAAGAAAAGAGUUCAGCGCAUGUGCAAUUGGCUGCAAAGUGUACAUUACUGGCGGGCGGGGGUCAGAAAAUGGAGUCUCGAAAGAUGUCUGGGUUUAUGAUACCCUGCAUGAGGAGUGGUCCAAAGCUGCCCCCAUGCUUGUGGCCAGGUUUGGCCAUGGCUCUGCCGAACUUAAGCACUGCCUAUAUGUGGUUGGGGGGCACACGGCCGCAACUGGCUGCCUCCCAGCCUCCCCCUCAGUCUCUCUAAAGCAAGUAGAACAGUAUGACCCUACAACCAACAAAUGGACCAUGGUGGCCCCACUCCGAGAAGGCGUUAGCAAUGCCGCAGUAGUGAGUGCCAAACUCAAGUUGUUUGCUUUCGGAGGUACCAGUGUCAGUCAUGACAAGCUCCCCAAGGUUCAAUGUUACGAUCAAUGUGAAAACAGGUGGACGGUACCAGCCACCUGCCCCCAGCCCUGGCGUUACACAGCAGCAGCCGUGCUGGGUAACCAGAUUUUUAUCAUGGGGGGAGAUACAGAGUUCUCCGCCUGCUCUGCUUAUAAAUUCAAUAGUGAGACUUACCAGUGGACCAAGGUGGGAGACGUGACAGCAAAGCGCAUGAGCUGCCAUGCCGUGGCCUCCGGAAACAAACUCUACGUGGUUGGAGGAUACUUUGGCAUUCAGCGAUGCAAAACUUUGGACUGCUAUGAUCCAACCUUAGAUGUGUGGAACAGCAUAACCACAGUCCCAUACUCACUGAUUCCUACUGCAUUUGUCAGCACCUGGAAGCAUCUGCCGUCUUAAGUGCAGUACAUCCUAAAUAGUAUGAGCUUACUGUCUGUCGCUUGGUAAGACGAUAUGAGAUUUCUACUUUGGAGAAACCAAAUUUAAUGAAGAGAAAGAAAAGAAGAAGGAGAAGAAGUU